AUGAAAGACCUCCUCGUGAUACACAUUGGAGCAGGCAACCACCACGCUUCAUCAAAUAGCAAAUAUGCCAAAUUGAUCAAGAAAGCACUACUGAAACACACCAUCGCUGAAUCAUCUCGCGUGCUUGAAGACUCGCCAUGGACCAACACGGGAUACGGAUCAAGCUUGAACCGACUAGGUCAAGUUGAAAUUGACGCUAGCUUCAUCUCGCAUGGCGGCGACGACGGCACGACCCGCAUGGGUUCAUUAACGGGUCUAAAAUGUCGCAAUCCCACCGUGGAAAUGUUUCGCAUUUACGAUGAAAUUGCAAAAGAGUAUCAAACAACCCCGGAGUUGAAUGUUCCCUUAGCUCUCAAUUGUACUAGCUUAAAGAGUUUUGUGGGUAUUCGGGAGGAUGACAGCGAGGGAUUAGUCAGUGAGAAAUCGUACCGGAUUUUCCAACUUUACAAGAAUGGGGUUUCUUCAGUAGCGAGAGACAAAGAAGAAGGAGAAGGAGUGAUGGAUACUAUUGGACUAGCUCACAUUACUCAUGUUGGCGUUGACAUUGCCACUUCGUCGGGUGGGAAUUUCUUCAAAUUGCCCGGUAGGAUGGGAUGCGCGGCAAUCCCUGGCGCUGCAAUCGCGUUUUUGCAAAAUGAAUCCGGCUUGUUUUGUUGCAUGUGUUCUGGGGAUGGUGAACAAAUUGUCAAGUAUCAUUUGGCAUCAACAAUAAUUGAAAAAUACACUCUUUAUGAAAAAGCCAAUAACGAUGAUGAUAAUGACAAUGACGAUGACGAUGACGAUGACGAGUCACAGCGGCAGCACUUUUGCGAAUAUGUCAAGCUGGAGUUGACGCGAUUGGAUCCAAACUUUUAUUUCGGGUUCAUUCUUAUAGUGGCUCGGCGUGGUGGUAUGGAUGAAGAAGCUACGAGGAACUUGAUAUAUGGACAUUCAACGAAGAGUUUCCACUUUGGAUUCAGAGUCGGGGAUCAAACGAAAGCCAUUUUGAGCUUUGCAGAGAAAGAAGCAGACUUCACAUUUGGUGAAUAUCGACUAUCUCUUGCAUAA